UGCUGUCAUACGGCCCGCUAACAGAAUCCAUGUGGCUGCGGCGAUUGCAGGCGCGUAAACAACACAACUAUUCAGCUGUAGGAAAUCACAAAAAGUAUCGUUAUACAGCAGUAAUAAUGGAUAAGUCAGUGAAAAAAUCAAUCAAAGCCAAACCGAAAAGCAUAGGGCGGAAAUCUCCACAUGUGCUCGUAAAAGGGAAGAAUAAGACCGCUGCUGGCGUUAAGCCGAAAUAUGGGCUUGGAGCUAAAACAACGGUGAAGAAAAUAGCUACCGACAAAGUUGAGGAGAUGGAAGCGAGGUAUCAGAAGCGAGUGUUAACAGAAAUGAAAAUCCACGAUAGUGUGGAUCAUUUACUGCCCAUCAAAAUCAAAGGAAAGGGCUUGAUAAGCAGAACCAUUCCUAAGCAGAUAGAGAACAGGUUCGAUACAAACUUAGCUGAAUCAAGCAACGAUCCACCAGAAGAUGCGGAGGCAAAUUUGUCUGAAACACAUCCUACCGAGCCAGCAGUAUUGUCGCUGACCGACAUUCUGUUCAAACGAGAUGAGCAAAUUAAAGAAAAACAAUUCUACAUAGGCGUAACCUGUGCGGCAAUACUGGAAAACCCAGAGGCGAGGAUCGAAAAUGUUAGUGCCUUGCUAGACUUGCUGAAGGAAACAAACCGGGACGGGUCCAUCAACCUUUUGGCGGUUCGUAAAACUGCGAUGAUUUCGCUUGUUGAAGUCUUCAAAGACAUUGUGCCAGAGUAUCGCAUUGGUAUUGUUGACAAGGAGCAACAAAAGUUGAAAAAAGACACACUGGCACGUGUUAACUUUGAACACAAGCUUCUUACUUACUAUAAGCAGCUGCUGAAGCACUUGGAGGGUCUCAUAAGUAAUUACACCCGGAAACUGAAACAUUCGGAAAAGCAAUCCAUCGAAACACGCCAACUGUUGGAAAUGGCGGUGCAGUGUAUGUGCGAUCUAGUACUAGCACACCCGUACUUCAACUUCACUCCGAACAUCGUACAGGUGCUGGUUUUAAUGUUGAACAACACGAAGGAACCUAUACGCAAAAUGGUACACGCUUGCUUCAGUUCCUUGUUCAAAACCGAUACUCGCUUGGAUUUGACGCAUCAUACCGUGCGCCACAUCAAUAUGCUGAUAAAGAAAAAACAGCGCAACAUAUACCCGGAGAUGAUUUCAUGUUUGAAAUACUUGCAAAUUAACCGCAUAAACAUGAACGAUGACGUGUUGCUAGAGCUAAAAAAGCAAAAGCUAGAAAAGCAUAAGUCGUACGUUAUCAACAUGUCUCGCAAGGAACGGAAACGCAAGAAAAAGCUGGCAGAGCUUGAAAAAGACAUUUUUGAAACAAAGGCUGAGGAAAGUAAGCAAGUCGUGCGCCGCAAGCUUACUGAAAUAUCGAAGCUAACAUUCAUGAUUUACUUCAAAAUUCUAAAACGUUACCCGGACUCCAAAGUUCUGAGCGUGACGCUAGAAGGAUUAUCCAAAUUUGCACAUACCAUCAAUAUCGAAUUUUAUGCCGAUCUGAUCGAACUGUUGAACAACUUGUUGGAAAAUGUAGAGCUGGGGUACAGAGAGCAGCUGCACUGCAUCCAAACGGUGUUCAUCAUACUCAGUGGGCAGGGAGAGGUGCUUAACAUUGAUCCGGCAAGAUUCUAUUCCCAUUUUUACAAAAAUUUACUUUUCGUCAAUGCAGGUAAAAACCAUGAUGAUAUGGAAACCAUUCUGAAAACCUUGGACAUCAUUCUAUUCAAACGGCGUCGAAAUGUAACGUACCACCGUUACGUGAGCUUUGUCAAACGUCUUUCAACGCUGUGCCUACAAGUUCUGCCCAAUGGAUCCCUUGGUCUCAUAUCGUUGAUUCGAAGCUGUAUCCAUAUGAAUCAAAAACUUGACAUCCUGCUGGAUACGGAUGCCGUCGUCGGUUCGGGGAAGUUCGAUCCGUUUAAUGAUGAACCAGAAUUCGCUAACGCAAAUUGCAGCGCACUGUACGAAAGUAGUUGCAUGGCACGCCAUUAUCAUCCGACCGUACGUAAAAUGAUAACCAAUGUUCUGAACAACUCCGACACCGUGCCGAUCGCUGCUGGCAGAACACUGACCCCGGGAGAAUUUUACACAAACUAUGACUGCUCGGAGAUGGUGUUCAAUCCAGAAAUUCCACGUUCUCCGAAAGUUAAAUAUGGUAAAAAUCAUCGGAUGUCAUUGGCCUCGAAGAUAUCAAAGAGAGAAAUGUUAAAGAAUAGUUCUAACAAGAAGCAAGUUCUGAAAUUUGCAAAUUCAAUCAACGGAUUGAAACAUUUGCAUUACGAUUACUUUUUGGAGUACCUUCAAGGGUCAAAAGCAUCAAACUAAGGUCGUUCGUAAUUGAAUUGUAUAGCAAAGUUACAAAAAUAAAAAAUAAAAAUUAUCUUUGUAAACAUA